CUUCCCAAAUGUUCACCGCGAAGCGGAUGUAGCAUAUUUUUCACCGCCAUUUUAGGCCUCUAUUUUCUUCUUAUAUCAGAAAUUAUUCUUUUGAAUUAAACAAAACUAAAUCACAAAGAUACGAUCUUUGGAACCCUAGAGUUUCUCCCCUCAGCAAUUAUGCUCCUGUCCAGGCUCUCCCGGAUCGGAGCUCGGUUCCUGAAGCUGAACGAAUUAAGAGCAGGUCAAAUUUCUGUAAACAGAAAUGGCUAUUUUCAAGGGGCAUUUAGUCGGUUUUUACACCCUGUGAAGAACCAUCAUAGCUUUUCCACGACAGCCACUGAGAAAGCUUCUGAGGAAGGAAGUGAGCAGAAGGAAAAAAUUUCUGUAACAUUUGUUGACAAGGAUGGUGAGGAAAAGCUCAUCAAGGUUCCUAUAGGGAUGUCAAUGUUAGAGGCUGCUCAUGAAAAUGACAUAGAACUUGAAGGGGCAUGUGAAGGUUCACUUGCAUGUUCUACUUGCCAUGUGAUCGUGAUGGAUGUGGAUUACUACAACAAAUUGGAAGAUCCUACUGAUGAAGAAAAUGACAUGUUAGACCUGGCAUUUGGGCUUACAGAAACCUCCCGCCUUGGUUGCCAAGUGAUUGCCAAGCCUGAGCUUGAUGGAUUGCGUUUAGCACUUCCUUCAGCUACUAGAAACUUUGCUGUAGAUGGGUAUGUACCCAAACCACAUUGAUGGCAAUUCGUAAUUUUUAAGAGUAGAGAUUUCAUCUGGGCCUCAGUUUUGUAGCUUAUGCUCUAUAAACGCUUUUUUACUGAUAAGAUUCUCCUAUUGGUCAGAUCCAUUGUUGUACAAUAAUUUAUUAACACUCGAGUAUGGUUACUUAUUGAGCUUGAAAGACUUAUAUGCAGAUGCGGAGAUGUUAAUUGUUUUGCUUUAUAUUUUAGUUUUAUUUUUAUUCACAUACCGUGUAUCCGUAUUAAGCUAUAUUUGUAUAUUACUCCAUAUCAGUUAUCGUUGCUCAUAUCUUCUGUAUUGAUCA